CAAUUCCUCAUCAUCCGUAGGCCUGAAUCUCAAGAAUCACGCUCGUCUUUCUUCUACAACAAUUUUUUCCUCUUCUGCAUACGGGAGUCAUGUCCGCCAACCCUAAUUGCACAGUGUACAUCGGUAACUUGGAUGAACGAGUAAGUGAUAGGGUUUUAUACGAUAUCCUUAUCCAAGCUGGGAGGGUGGUUGACUUACACAUUCCUCGAGAUAGGGAAACUGAUCGACCAAAAGGUUUUGCAUUUGCAGAAUAUGAAACCAAAGAGAUUGCCGAUUAUGCUGUCAAGCUUUUUUCUGGUCUUGUCACUCUUUACAACAGAACAUUGAGAUUUGGAAUUUCUGGGCAAGACAAGUCUGCACAAAAUCCAAAUCCAAAUCUGCAAACCUCACCAAUGCCUACAUCAAAUUCUCCUUUCAAAUCAAGGCCAAAUGUUGAUGUUUCUCCUGGGCCCAUUUCACCAUAUACACAAGUUUCCCCUAGUGCAGAUGUAUUUUCAUAUGUAAAUAGAUCUUCACAUGUGGAUCACAACAAUAAUGACCAUAGAAGAAGUCAUGGGGCAAAUCGGGAUGCCAUGUCAAACCGCUAUGAUGCAAAUAACCCACUUCAUGAUCGUCGCUAAAUCUAUUAGUAAUCAUGAUAAUGUUGUUACUUGUGGAGCAUUAUUAGAUGAUCGAAACUUAGUCUUUUAGUAAUGUAGCUGUAGCAUCUGUAUGAAUUAAAUGUUUGAUAUUAGCUACAUCUGUGACAAUUGUUUUAGUUUGCAAUGGAAUUGUUAUGUGUUGCUGUUGUUAUGUAUGGUUGGAUGAUGCGAAAUCUUGAAAUUAAGAUGGAAUUGUUAAAAUAAUAAAAAAAUAUAAUUUUGUUGGGCUA